AUGGAGCGCCAACACACCUUCCUGCAGAGCCCAAGCGCUCCGAGGGAGCUGAUCCACGCCCUCACCCGUCUGCUCACUAACCUCCAAUCCAUCACCUCCACACCUGGUCUCCUGGACGCUAAACUCACUGAGUACGCUUUCGUCUCUCUAUCUCAGGUACUGCGGAAUUCCCGACACGUCCCAGUCAGAGCGCUAGAGCUCUGCCUGGAAUGCAUCUCGACCUUGCUAUCUGCUAAUUGGGGAGGUGGCCUUGAGCCUGCGCUCUCUGGACAACUCCUCAUCCUCUUCACCUUUCUCGCCAAACCUUCAUCCGCCGAGAAUGGCAUCUCGGCCACCUCAGAGGAGCUACAGUCGCUCGCUCUCGGGUGCACAUCCGAGUUGAUGAGUGCGACGUCUCGUACCAAGCAGGGCAAAGAGGCCAUGACGGCUGCGGCUAACAUACCUGCCUUGGGCGAGGCUGUACUAGUCAUGCUCGAACGUCUCACAGAUAGCAACUCGAACACCGUCAAGCUGCAGUCCACUUGCGCCCUCAAACAAACUGUCGGCGCGAUUGGCGAUGACGAUGCUCUUGCCAGCUUUCUGCCCAGGAUAGUCUCGUCUUUGGCUAAAGUAUUGACUCCCCAUAGCAGUGUUCGACCCGGCUUUCGCGUUGUUGAGCAAGGCUUGGAAGUUCUUGCAUCACUUCUUGUCCGUUUACUUGGCGAUGCCCAGACCAAAGAUUUGCCCGAGACACUACUGUCGGAUGAGUCUGGCGGAUGCACCACAAUAUCUCGAUCACUCGCUUGGCUACAAGCAACUGCAACCCAGAUGAAGAUUGCGCUUGCCAAUAUCUUCAGAUUGAGGGAUCAUGAUAAGCAAGAGGUACGGCAAGCGCUCUCGAAUCUGUGUCUUUGCAUCGUAAGGGAUUGUCGUACAUCACUGUCUCUUUGCACAAGCAUGGCUAUCGAAACCAUGGUCGAUCUGGCAGGCCAUGAGACCCCGGCCGACACCACUGAGGACAAACUCAAAAGACUGUUAUCAGCAGACCAGAAUCUCUCCGAACUUUUGCGCGAAAGUUUGCAUGGUUGGAUCGUCGCCUUGCCUAGAUUGAUGCGAUCAAAAGACGACCGUACCCGCCAUAAAAUCGUACAUCAGAUAUCAGUCUCGCUUCGCCUGUUCGAUGAAGAUCCAAUGAUUCUAGAUGAGCGUCUGGCCGAUAGUCUUCGGGAUGGCGUGUCUGCAGUGUUUAUCCAUGGCAGGGGGCUCGAAGAAAUAAACGACCGCAACACCAGUCUCGUCGCUGGUCGUACGCUGGUAUUUAGCUCGACAGAGUCGUCUUCUUUCCCACUAAUCAGCAUGCAAUUCAAAGGCCAGGAAGACAUGAUGAAGGGGUUUAAAGUAUUAGUUCAAGAACUUGCGCGAUCCAACUCUGCGUUGGCUGUUGCUCAGGGCCUGACCAAUUCCGUCGAUCUUGGGGCGCCCGAGAUGCGCUUGGCGAGCUUCUGGCUCUCAGUCAAUCUAGUAAGAGACAUGGCAUCAGUCAAUCCAUCUGUCGAUGAUUUCAUGAAUCUGGGAACGCCAAACCCGAGGGAGGAAGUCUUGGAUGACUUGUACUCGCAUUCUCUGUCAUUGCUUAACCAGCGAACUGUGGACACCAACAGCCAUUGGCAUUUAUAUGCAUUAGCGCUCGAGACGGUAGCUUUGCAGGCGAAGCGGUACAAGACUGAGUUUCGCCCUGAGUUGAGUGAAGUACUUUAUCCGGUGCUGCAUUAUCUUGGCAGUUCCAACAGCGCACUACGCGAACACGCCCUGAUUUGUCUCAAUAUCGUAGCAGGGGCCUCGGGAUACAAGGACGCAGGGGAGCUUGUUGUCAGUAAUGUCGAUUACAUUGUCAACGCAAUUGGCCUAAAGUUGGCAUAUGGCGAUGUGUCGCCUCAAGCACCACAAGUCCUACUCAUGAUGAUAAGGCUUUGUGGCCCACCUCUCCUACCUUACCUAGAUGACUUGGUGGAUAGUAUUUUCAACGCCUUGGAGAGAUAUCAUGGCUAUCCUAAGCUUGUGGAGCUGCUUUUCAACGUCUUGAAAGGCAUGACGGAACAAGGUGUCAAAGCACCACAACUUGCCGUGUCAGCCGACAAUAAGAAAGAGGAACAUGUGCAUCUGAAGAGAACGGUCGUCAUGAACGAUGUCAUCGAAGCAAUUCAAAAGUUCGAGGUAGAGACACAAGAGCGGGAAGAGGAAGAGAAGCAAGCGUCAAGGGAGGCACUCCCACGAAAGCCCUGGAAAGUCGGAAAGACUUCAGAAGAUACCGACUCCAAUAGCACGGACGAGGAGAACGGUCGCCCGCCUCCCCCGCACACCGAGGAGUCUUCCCCUCCCGCCCCACGUGCCUUUGCUAUUCUCCUCAAAAUCUCCGAGUUGACACAGCACUAUCUCACCACCAUGUCGCCUAACCUCCGGAACUCGCUUCUGUCCCUCCUUCGUACCACUAUACCUGCUAUUGCAGAACACGAGAACUCACUCCUGCCCCUCAUUAAUACGCUCUGGCCUGUAUUACUACCUCGUCUACAAGAUUCGGAAGCAUACGUGGUAUCAAAUGCGCUCGAUAUUGUAGCAUUGAUGUGUGAACACGGAAAAGAUUUCAUGCGAACUAGGAUCGAUGAUGCAUGGAACAUUACCAGGAAGGUCUACGAACGCACUAGACAGAACGACGACUGCAACAGGAAAGGCAGCUUCCAACCGAUGUCGCUAGAGAUCAAGGCUAUCGGGACUGGCCUGACGAGGCUCGCCGUGGACUCGCAGCCUACGGCCGACUUUUCACCAGUGGAGCUGUACGUUGAUACGCCUACACGGAUGAUCUGGAACAGUCUGACCGCCUUGCUAUGCGCCAUUGCGAAAAACGUAACGAUGCGGGAUGAGCGCUUCGAAGAAAUGCUGGACAUGCUGGACCCUGUGCUAGCGAGAGACGACGUACGCGGAGCGCUGGGUCACAGCAACGCCGACGCGAUAUGGUUGCGACUAUACAAAAAGCGGCAGGGGACUGACAGAGGGAAGCAUUCUAGGUCAUUUGUAUCAACAAAAGCACAUGAGGUAGCAGGCAAAAUACCCGUAGGCAAGCCCCACUGGCAUUUCGUGCAAGCCUAA